GGUAGAACUGAAGUGGAGACAAUCGAAAUGAAUUCUAUGGACAGACAUAUACAGCAAACUAAUGACCGGCUGCAGUGUAUAAAACAGGUAGUUGUUAGCAGAGUGGCAGCACAGCAGGGUUUUGACCUGGACCUUGGAUAUCGGUUGCUAGCGGUUUGCGCAGCCAACAGGGAGAAGUUCACGCCAAAAUCAGCUGCACUGCUUUCAUCGUGGUGUGAAGAACUGGGAAGACUCUUGUUGCUGCGCCACCAGAAAAGCCGGCAAAACGACCCUCCGGGGAAGUUGCCCAUGCAGGCACCCAUGAACUCCAUGAAACCUUCCCUUUCACACAGUGAUGGAUCAUUUCCUUAUGACUCUGUUCCUUGGCAACAAAACAGUAACCAGCCACCAGGCUCCCUAUCGGUGGUCACGACAGUAUGGGGUGUGACUAACACGUCUCAAAGCCAGGUGCUGGGCAAUCCCAUGGCCAACGCCAACACCGCUAUGAACCAAGCAGGGAACCCCAUGGCUUCUGGGAUGACGGCCAGCAAUCCUGGCCUGAGUUCCCCCCAAUUUGCCGGACAGCAGCAGCCCUUCUCAGCCAAGGCCAGCUCCAAUCAGUCCUACAUUCAACAAGGCAUGUACGGACGACCCAACUACCCUGGCAGCGGAGGCUUCGCGGGAAGCUAUCCAGGAGGCCCUAACAACCCAGCUGGGAUGGGGAUGCCGCCACACACCCGGCCACCAGCUGAUUUCACUCAACCAGCUGCUGCUGCAGCUGCGGCUGCCGUGGCCGCCGCUGCCGCCACGGCCACAGCGACAGCUACCGCAACGGUUGCAGCCCUGCAGGAAACCCAAAACAAGGAAAUGAAUCAAUACGGACCGAUGGGUCCGGCCCAGCCUUACAGCAGCCAGUUCAUCAGCCAGUCUGGCCCUCGCGGUCCCGCUUCCAUGCCAGCCAACCUGAACCCGGCGUCCAUGGGGGCGAGCAUGACGCCUUCCAGUAUGAGCGGGCCACCCAUGGGCAUGAGCCAGGCCAGGCCUCCAGGAAUGAGCCCCUUCACCCACGGGCAGAGGAUGCCCCAACAAGCUUACCCUGGCCCACGUCCCCAAUCAUUGCCCAUGCAAAGCAUGAAGAGAACAUAUCCCGGAGAGCCAAAUUAUGGAAACCAGCAGUAUGGACCAAAUAACCAGUUUCCAUCCCAGCCUGGCCAGUAUCCCGCCCCCAAUCCUCCAAGACCGCUCACCUCACCCAACUACCCCGGGCAGAGAAUGCCAAGCCAGCAAAACACGGGGCAAUAUCCUGCCCCAGCCGUUAACAUGGGGCAAUAUUACAAGCCGUCAAGGCCUGUCCCUGUAGCAAAUUACCCUCACUCACCUGUUCCAGGAAAUCCUACGCCACCUAUGACGCCCGGCAGCAACAUGGCGCCAUACCUGUCUCCUAACCAAGAUGUCAAACCGCCCUUCCCACCGGACAUUAAGCCAAAUAUCACUGCUUUGCCCCCACCUCCAGGUAACCAUAACGAUGAGCUGCGCCUGACGUUCCCCGUGAGAGACGGGGUCGUCUUGGAGCCCUUCCGGCUGGAGCACAACCUGGCGGUCAGCAACCACGUCUUUCACCUGCGGCCGACCGUCCAUCAGACCCUCAUGUGGAGAUCAGACUUGGAAUUACAAUUCAAGUGUUAUCACCACGAAGACCGGCAAAUGAACACCAACUGGCCAGCCUCAGUCCAGGUUAGCGUCAACGCAACUCCACUCACCAUUGAACGGGGCGACAACAAGACAUCGCAUAAACCCCUGCACCUCAAACACGUUUGCCAGCCAGGAAGAAACACAAUUCAAAUCACUGUCACGGCAUGCUGUUGUUCCCAUUUGUUUGUUUUGCAGUUAGUACACCGGCCUUCGGUCCGCUCUGUCCUCCAGGGCCUAUUAAAGAAACGCCUGCUUCCAGCUGAACAUUGCAUCACAAAAAUCAAGAGAAAUUUUAGCAGCGUGGCCGCCUCUUCGGGCAACGCACCUCUCAAUGGGGAAGAUGGUGUGGAGCAGACAGCCAUCAAAGUCUCUCUCAAAUGUCCAAUCACAUUCCGGCGGAUCCAGCUGCCAGCAAGAGGUCACGAUUGCAAGCACGUACAGUGUUUUGAUCUGGAAUCCUACCUCCAGCUGAACUGUGAACGAGGCACCUGGAGGUGCCCUGUAUGCAAUAAAACAGCUCUGCUGGAGGGCCUGGAGGUGGAUCAGUACAUGUGGGGCAUUUUGAACGCUAUACAAAACUCCGAGUUUGAAGAAGUCACAAUUGACCCAACGUGCAGCUGGAGACCUGUCCCCAUCAAGUCCGACAUUCACAUUAAGGAUGAUCCAGAUGGCAUUCCUUCUAAAAGGUUCAAAACCAUGAGUCCCAGCCAGAUGAUCAUGCCUAAUGUGAUGGAGAUGAUUGCUGCCCUGGGUCCAGGUCCAUCUCCCUACCCAUCCAUCCCACCGCCCCCCGGGGGCACCAAUUCCAGCGAAUACAGUAGCCAAGGUAACAGUUACCAAGGUCACAGCAAUUUUGAUUUUCCCCACGGGAAUCCCGGCGGGACAUCUAUGAACGACUUCAUGCAUGCCCCCCAGUUGUCACACCCGCCGGAUAUGACCAGCAACAUGGCAGCGCUGGAUAAGCCUCUAAGUCAUCCCAUGCAGGAACCUAUCCCUCAUCCUGGCAACACUGAUCAGUCCCAUAGCUCCAUGCCGCAAAGUUUGCACGUCCCUCAUCCCAGCAGCCAGUCAGGGCAGCCAUUACAUCACAGUGGUCCCCCGACUCAGCCGUCCCGCCAGCCGACCCAGGCCGCUGCUAGCAACCAUCCGCACAGCGACCUGGCUUUUAACCCCUCGGCAGCUUUAGAAGCGCAACCCGGCGGGCAGGGAACGUCCGAUAUGCCGGAACCAUCGCUGGAUCUGCUUCCUGAACUCACAAACCCCGAUGAGUUACUUUCCUACUUGGAUCCUCCUGACUUACCAAGCAAUAGCAACGAUGACCUUCUCUCUCUUUUUGAGAACAACUGAAGCCUUC